AUUUUCUCGCAACGUCAUUUUUGCAGUUUUCGUCGCCAUUUCGCGGUCGGUUUUUGGUUUUUUCGCAUUGCGAAAUGAGUUUUAACGAUGUUUUUCAUGAUUACAUCAAGGAUAUACCGAUGGAUAUAAGCCGAAAAUUCUAUCCAACACGCAAUAUCAACGUGGAUUUUAUUCAGAUUCCAGAUUUGAGAUUCACGAAAUUUGAGUAUUCAUUCGAAGCCGAAACCCGAGCCCGUGAACAAUUUGAUAAACAAAAUGAGCCGAUUGUAUUGGACUCCACGAGCACAAAAACAACAACAACUGCUUCACCUCCAGGAGGGAAUAAGAAUAGCGGAGAAGUGAGAACGUCAGAAUCGAGACAAAGUGUCAGUGGAUAUGAUGAUGUACUUUCUCAGAAUGUGCUUGUACCAUGUCCAGUAAACUCCAACCCAUCAAUGACGUCAUCAUCAACAAAACCAUCUGUAUCGAAUACAAGUGCAAUGGUACAUUCUCUACAUGAAUUCGAGUCGACUAACAACGUUUUUGAUGAUAUUCAAAUUUUGGCGCUCGACGAUCGAAAAGCUCUUCAGGAGGUUCUAAUGCUCACAAACGGCUCCAACACUCAACUGCCCCAAUCCACAUCAUCAUUAUCGAUUAAUCAUAUUCAGCAGCAGAAGCAACACGAACCAAUCAAUAAUAACAAUAACACUGAGAUGAAGCCUAAAAAAUUGGAAAAAGCUGAAAAAACUGCAAAAAAUUCGGAUCAACAGCAGCACGAAGAGCUGAGAAAACGGCUUCUGACGAAAGGAUAUCGAGCCGAUAUUGUGGAAAAAGCAUUGAGAUGUCUACCCAAGAGUCGAUUAGUUCAUAUUGAAUACUACAUGAAAGCAUGCCGAACAGUCGAAAAAACCGGGAAAAGCUCCAUUGAUGAAACGUUGCCGUUCUUGAUUCAAUGCAAUUUAAGCGAUAAAAUGGUUAUCCUCUCCUACUCGGAAGUUUGUUCAAAUCUCCUCAAAAUGGGAUUUCCCCGACCCCAAAUCUUCGAAGCCGUGGCAGUGGAGAAAGGCGAUCAGAAUCGAGCAUUAAGCCGACUUUUGCCAAAUUCCUGAUUUCAUUAUUAUUCAAAAAACAAUUUUUAAUCAAUUUUCUGUCGAUUUGUUUUCUUCCACCCGUGUCUUCCUUUGUGUCUACUGAACGCGAUUUUUUUCUUCUUCUACUUUCUCUUUUUUUUCUGUGAUAUAAGUGCCGACUUCCUUCCUAGAAUGAAUAUAAAUUUCAAAAAAAUGUU